CUGUCACAAAAGGGGGUCUCUGCGUCUAUGUGAGUGUUCCCACAUUGUGCUCUCUCGUUACAAUAUUGGGUUGAACGGAGAAGGUCUUUAGGACCCAGGGGGACGGCAGGCCACUGCGUGGAGAAGGCGCACACGCGCGCAUGCUACCCAAAAAUGCAUCGCCCCGUGGAGCCGGAGCUCACUCAUUCACAGUUCUUUGGAGAGAGAUCCUAGGCUGAGGCGGACAGUCAGCUACCUUCUCACCCACCCAUCUUGGAGGCAAGGGUUCCUGCAGACAACCUCACUCAAGGCGGGGCUUCGUUUUUCCUUACGGCUCUCUAAAGAGAAUGAUGGUGAUACGAGUGAUUCAUUUCUACGGAUGGAUAUCUAAGGAUAUGAACUGAAUGUGAGAGUCCUUGGAUGGGUAUGGAAAACUCCUCAUUGUUGUAUUCUUCAAUAUAUUACAAAAUAUAAUACAAAUUGCACUUGGAUGGAUCACCACAGACUGUUAGUUGAAUGGGACCAGAAUAUCUUCUAAGGAAAUUGCUGAAGUUAAGGAUUUGGAAAAGAGACUUUUGCAAAGAUGACCCAUUUACAUGCUGGUCUCAGCCCAGAGACGAUAGAGAAAGCCCGCCUUGAACUCAAUGAAAACCCAGAUGUUUUGCACCAGGACAUCCAGCAGGUCAGGGACAUGAUCAUCACAAGGCCUGACAUUGGGUUUUUACGUACAGAUGAUGCCUUCAUCCUGAGAUUUCUCCGAGCCAGAAAGUUUCACCAAGCAGAUGCCUUCAGAUUACUGGCUCAGUACUUCCAGUACCGUCAGCUGAACCUGGAUAUGUUCAAAAAUUUUAAGGCUGAUGAUCCUGGGAUCAAACGAGCUCUGACUGAUGGAUUCCCAGGAGUGCUGGACAACCGUGAUCACUACGGCAGGAAGAUACUUUUGCUUUUUGCAGCCAACUGGGAUCAGA